AUGCAAGUGCCGGUUCUCGGCUGCACUUUCCUCACGCUGUCAGAUCGUGAGGAAAGUACUGCCGAGAACCGGCAGUUGUCAGAGCGGGGAUCGGCACCGAUCAUCAGGGCACUGAUGAUCAGUGCUCUGAUGAUCGGUGCCCAGCAGUGCCACCCGCAAGUUCCGCCCACCUGUGCCCAGCAAUCACCCACCUGUGCCCAGCAGUGCACCCUCCUGUGCCCAGCAGUGCACCCACCUGUGCCACUCUGCAAUGUCACACACCUGUGCCCAGAAGUGCCACCUACCUGUGCCCAGAAGUGCCACCUUCCUGUGCCCAGCAGUGCCACCCACCUGUGCCCA